GUACAAAAUGAGCGAGCGAGCGGGCUUCAGUGCAGAAGCAGAUGCGAGAGGCGCACGCAAGAUCCACCCAACGGAUAUAUGAGCGGGGCUCAUCGGACCAUGAGGAUUUGAGGAGGAGGAGAAAUCGGCCUGUGUCAUGGGCAUAGACCGGCGGCGGAGAGCGUCGCUGGCUCUCACCUUGAACUUUCUGGCCUUGUUCCUGGCGCUGUCGGCUCUCGGGACGAGCCACUGGUGCGCCGGCACCCGCAAGGUAGUCAAGCCCUUCUGCGCCGGCCCGGUGACGACCAAGCGGUCCUUCUGCAUCAGGUACAACAGCUCCAAUUUGAACGACACGCGGCUGGUGCAGUACAUCUGGGAGACCGGCGACGACAAGUACGUCAUGAGGAAGUUUCACACCGGGAUCUGGUUCUCCUGCGAACAGAACAUCAACAUGACCGGGGAAAACUGCAGAAGUUUUAUCUACGUCGCACCAGCAAAUGAAAGAGGGGUUCUGUGGUUGUGCAUCGUGGCAGAGUGCCUGUACAUCAUGCUCUUGGCCACCGGGGGCAUCCUCAUGUCAAUAGAAGUGUGCCAGUUUGGAAACGUCAUCGAUGGCCUCAAGCUCAAUGCCUUUGCUGCCAUUUUCACCGUGCUUUCAGGCCUGCUCGGGAUGGUGGCCCACAUGAUGUUCACCACAGCCUUCCAGCUGUCUGUCAGUCUGGGCCCAGAAGACUGGAAACCUCAGACUUGGGACUACAGUUGGUCAUACAUAUUAGCGUGGAGCUCGUUCACAGCGUGCAUGGCCUCCUCUGUCACCACCAUCAACCGCUAUACCAAAACCAUUCUGGAGUUCAAGCACAAGCGAAGGAACAUUGAGAAGAACUUAAAGAUCAAGCAGAAGCUGUUGGAGCUCGAGGCCCCCGAGCAGGUGUGGGACAUGUACAUCAGCUCGGUGCCGAGUACUGCGGAGGAGCUGCUGGACCUUUCGUCCAACGGCCGCAAACUCUCCAACGCGUCCAUCUUCAUGGACCUCAACGACCUGCCUGACCCUCAGAGGGAGGAGUACUGUUAGAGGAGAUAUUUCCAAAUUGAAAAACAUCAACGAGACAGAAGAGUUUAUAUUAUUGGGGGCCUAAAAGAAGUACUAACAACCCCCCGCCCCAAUAAUAACAUUGCUGUCUGACAGAAAAUGUGUAUCUCCAUUUAUCCUAAAAGUGAGAAAAAUACAACUUGCCCGUUGUAACGGCAGUAAGCAAAAUAGUUGACGCUAUAUUUUAUCAAUCAUAAAUAAUCGAUUGAACUGAAGAACAAAAGGGUCUUCUUGCAGUUUAAGCAUACAAAAGAAUGUCAAAUCUCAUAAUUGUACCAUGAAAAUAUCGUUUGAUGACGAUGUUUGACCAAAUCGGGAGCGACCCUGUGCGUCGAGGCUGCGCUGUAACAGACAAAGACAAGACAAAGCAGGAAAAUGGAGCCCAUUUCUUUAGCAUCUGUUAGCUGACAAGGCUACGGUGAGAAAGGGAAAAAGGGGAAAGAGCUCAGCCAAUGAGUGUUCAGUGCUCAAGAUGGAUAAAGUGGAUUGUUGUGUCACAACAACAAUCGGGCGUGUCACAACUCAGUCAUGGCUGCUCCACCAAUGAAAUAAGCAGCUCAAGGUUACCAUGACUACACACACACACACACACACACACGGCAACAUUUGUUCGUGUUAGAUAAUAAAACGCACACAUGACCUCGUUGAAAUAUGAUAUGAGGCUUUUGCAAUUUUGCGACCGCACGUAGAGGUUAGGGUUAGCGAGAAGUGUCAAAAAUCAACACCUAUGAAAAUGUCCUGGUGAAGCAGGAGGAUCGUUUUGCUUUUUGCGAGCAGGCAUUUCUCUCUCGAGCAUCAAAUAACGCUCUCCAAAGACUCAACGUGCCUCAGCACCGAUUUGCUGACGCUGUAUGCUUCACGUGCUCGCCCACAUGGCCCUUUGGCCGAAUAAAGUGGGAAUGUACUCCAGCAACGCACCUACACCGUCAUACUGCUUCCGCGAGCCGAAGCGCGAGUGCUUUUACAGCCUGAUGCCAUCGUCAAGUCAUGCGAUAUCAUUAGAUUUGCAUAUUCGCAGAUCAAAACAACCCCAAUAAAGACAGCACGCUAAUUCCCGUACGAGGCGAACGAUCCACCUCUUGGCGAUAACAGCAGCAGCGCUUUAUCGGGCACGAAACAACGGCCAUCUGAGAAGAGGUCUAAUUGAAAUGGGACACAACCAAAUUGAAAUGGCCCAUAAUAGGCUAAGGCUACAGCACUGCGCAAAGUCACGAAAGGACACAUUUCUGUCAGCCACGCUGUGAUGGAAACGCUUGCGCCGUUUGAAGCAGAGCCAAUUACAUCCACGCAACAAGUGGAUGGAAAUCAGAAGUCAACGGUAAUAGUUUGUUCAACUGUUGUAGUAGUUGCUGCAAAAAGGGGUUUGGUAAUUAUAAUAAUAAUAAUGCUUGCGAUAUCUCGAGUGGUAUUAUUUAUUACAUUUUGGCACAGACUUGUGCACGAAUCACGGAAGUUGCCGCGCAUGAUUUGCUCUCGCGGGCCACUUACGAUGAUGUAGCGGGCCGGAUCUGGCCCCCGGGCCUUGCCUUGAGUGCACGCCUUCCACAUAUCGCUCAAUUUCAGCGCCGCCGUGCCGUUCUGCCGAGGGUACUUCCAUGAUAAUGCAUGUGCGUUUCAGCUUUUUCUUCAUGAUAUUGAAUCGUUGUAGCCCGUGACAUUCAGCGUAGGUGAGGAUGCACCAAAAAAAAAGGUUGUUGAUGCUUUUGCUUUUACUUGUAUACAAGUAGUGCACAACUGCUGUGAGUGGCUCAAGAUGAGGUCUUGUAGUGACAGAGCUCGAGUCUUAGGAGAAUAUAUAGUUAGUUAGUAAAUACUUUAGUUACAUCGCUGGUAAGCGUGUAAAUGUGUAUUUUUUUUCAAAAAGGCCGUGUGGCGUGUGUUUGCUCGCGGCAGGAUGCUUUCCGUCCAAGGUUAUUGUUUGUUUGUUUGUUUCUUCUCCUCGGAUACCAAUUGAAAGAAAACAUGCGGCAGCUGUGCGAAUUGCCCAAAAAAUCAUCAGUGAAGGGUUACAUUCUGAGUCGAGCUGACAUAACGCGUUACUAUAUCAAUAUAGAAACCCGGUCAUUUGAAAGAACGUGUACGGCAACGUGUGUCUAAAUAUGUCAAUCUAACUUUGUUGUAUAUCUUGGUUUGAUUCUAGAUUCUAUUUUAAAAGGACUGAGUACUAAAAGCAUGUUUUGUCUCAAUGUACAAUGUUUGUGGCACUUUUUGUAUACAUGUCCUUUGGUUACAAUUUGUGGAGAAUAUAUUUGCAGUAUAAAGUUGAAAUUGUUCACA